AUGGCGAAGGUUGGCGAAGGAGACCCCCGUUGGAUCGUCGAUGACCGCAAAGACGGGACGAACGUGAACGCGUGGCAUUGGGAAGAACGCGACCUCUCCGCUUACGUCCACGACAAACUCAAAAAAGUCUUCCUCUCCCUGAAGUUCCUCGAAAACCAAGACGGGGUGGCCUACGCGCAGAUCGACGAGGUGAGUGAGAUCCUCGGCGACGUCACGGUGGCGCAGCGGAAAGGAAAGAUGAUGUGCUACUUCGAGCUCAAGAUGACGUUGCAGUGGUCCGGCAAGGCCGCCGACGGGGAGCCGGAGGCGAAGCUCAUUAAAGGAAAGUUGGAGGUCCCCGAGGUCGACCACGACGAGCUCCCGAACGACUUCGGCAUCGACGUGAGUUGCCAAGAAAAAGGUGCGGCCGCGCUGCGGGUGGAGGAUGCGGUGCGGACCGCCGGUCGCGCCCGGGUGCGUGCGGAGCUCCGCCGCUUUUUUGACGCCCUCUACGAGGAAUACCGCAUUGGAAAGGUCGUGAAAAGCGGUGCGGGGAUGCCCCCUCCGCUUCCGCCUCCUCCGAAGACCACAACGACGACGGAGGCUCGCCGGGAGAAGGCGGAAGGUGGUGGCUCCUUGACGGAGGGGGUGCUGACGUGGAAAAUGCGCUGGCGGGUGCCGAUUGAGCAGCUUUUUCACCUCCUUGUGGAUGAACGCACGGCGAGCCUUUACACACGGGGCCCCGCGCAGCUCGAUGCCCGCACCGGCGGGACUUUUCAAUUCCUUGGUGGUGUUAUUUCUGGGUACUUCGUCGAGCUUCAGGCGCCGGGGCGGAUUCGUGAGCAAUGGCGGCUCAAACAUUGGCCGGUGGGGAUCCACAGCUCCGUCGUGAUGCAGCUGAUCAAGGAGGAGCCCGGGGUGACGGUGCUCGACUUCGCCCAGCACGGUAUCCCGAGUGGGGAGCUCCAGAACGUCAAGGAGGGGUGGCGGGUGAACUUCUUCGACGCGAUGCGGACCUUCUGCGGGGUGUCGAUGGAGUACAUCUGA